UAAAAGAGAGGCGAUUAAACCACAAGAACAAUCACACGUCAACUCUAAAAUGGCUCCAGUGAAACUGAUUUAUUUUGACGUGACUGCUUUGGGUGAACCUAUCAGGUACAUCCUCCACUACAGCGACACCGAGUUUGAGGACGAGCGCCUCACCAGCGAACAAUUCGGCCCGAGAAAGCCAACAUUCCCGCUUGGAAAAUUGCCUGUGCUCGAGUUGGAUGGAAAGACGGUGCAUCAAUCAGUUGCCAUCAGCCGCUACCUUGCUAAGAAAGCCGGACUAGCAGGAAAGGACGAUUGGGAGUCCCUCCUGUGCGACAUUGCCGUCGACUCCAUUCUCGACCUGAAAUCUGCUUUCUCCGGAUUCCACUAUGACAACAAUGAGGAGUCCAAGAAGACCAAAAAGGAACUGGCUUUGAGCACCACAAUCCCCUACUACCUAGGAAAGUUUGAGGAGAUCCUCAAGGAGAAUGGAGGCCACUUUGUCAAUGGACAGCUCACCUGGGCUGACUUCUGGUUUGCUGGAUUGGCCGACUACCUGAACUACAUGGCUGGCAAGGACAUCCUGGCCGACAGCCCUGGGCUCAAGGCCUUGAAGACCAAGGUGGAGGAACUGCCUGCCAUCAAGAAGUACCUUGCAAACCGCCCAGCGGUCCGCUUCUAAUCAUACCAACCAAGAGAGGUGCCACACCUUGAAUUACGUCAAGAGUAAAAUAAUUAAUCUCGAUAUUUUUUGUCUAUCAAAUAGAAUCUCAAAUAAAGGAAAUACUCAUUUUCAGAAA